AUUCGAAAUUCGCCAGCAAAAACACGCAUCGCCGCCACAAGCUCGGUGGUCCUAGAUAAGCACGAGCGAAUUCGAUCGCGCGUUACGAGUUCGCGAUACUGUGAACGUGUUCACGGUGAAGUUUCCGAAUCGCGAGACAACUAAAAUCAUUCGACAGUUAUAUAAGAUGAUUCUUCGCGCGGAUUGACUAUCGAAAGGAAGUUUGUUCGCAGUGUGGAUAUUCCGGAUCUAAGGAUCAGGAUGUACUCCAUUGUUACCAGACUCUUGUCCAGCUUGUCUCGCGAAAAAGUGGGCCGGUCUGCCCGGAGGCUGUAGGCCAGUUCGUGUUUCGUAUUCGAGGACCAUCCAGGCAGAAAGAAAUUUGUGAAAGAAAGAGACGCGGAAAAACAGAGACGAGCGAGAAAGAAGGAUGCGUAAUACGCUAUAGAGGGACGAAAAGAAAGCCAAAAAAUCGUUAAUCGACUUCGGGCAUUCUUGAGCUGAAGAGUGAGGAUCGUCGAGAGAUCGAUCAACGAUCGACGCGGGCCACGGAGAUAAUUGCAUGAUGAUAAUGAGACUGGCUUAGCACUAACGAUAGAAGAUCGAAGGAAUUGAGGUUCAACAAGUGAAGAAACCAGAUCGAGAGCGAUGCGGUUUAUAAAAAUCACCGUACUGCUUACCGGAUCUCAAAAGCCGAAAAAAAUCACAAAACAUUCGAAAUCGAUUUGAUUGACGAAAUCCCGCGAUUGUGAAAACAUCUAAGUGCACAUAAAGCAAUAAAGAGCCGACGACGAGAGCCAUCAUCGGGACACACUCGCCCUCGAGUAUGCUGUAAAAAGUAUCAAUUUGUAAGAGGUGGGACGGCGACCCAGAGUUCACGAAGACGCGUGGCUGACGGGUCAAAGAUCGCAUCGAGAACAGAGAGAAAGGAUCGUGAAAGUCUCGAAAUAGCGGUGAAAGAAAAGUCGACCCGUGAAGUAAACGUGCCUUGAAUGGACUGUCCCAAAGAGCCGAGAAAAAGAUCGCAAGGGUGAUUCUCGAGUGACAUUUUUAACCUUCGUUUCCGCGAGAGAAAUAAAUAUAAAUACAGAUUUCGGGCGCCUAUCGAAAAGGAUAGAGUUAAAAAAAUAAGACGGCGAAGAGUGGACGAAGAUGAGCAGGCAAAGCGUAUCAUCACCUUCAGGCAUCAAUUCCUGCGAAAGGAUCAGGCCGGAGCGACCCAGAAAUACGAUACAGAAACUCGUAUGGGGUCCCGGUUCGCAGUUCCAGGUCGGCCAUAUCGGCAUCCCGGAGGAUGAGGGCUCAAAUCCGCGGAUGGCAUUGAGAAGACUGCUAAGAUUGUACGAGGGAAGACAAUACAGAGAAGCGGCCGGCUUUCUGAUGAAACUGCCGCAUUACACUCUGAAGGCAGCCUUGACGGAUAUUCCGGUGGACCUGUUGAUCGAGACGCUACCGCACAGCCUCAUCUUGCUGGAGGCGCUCUAUUCUCGGCUGGUGGAACUGAACGUCAGCGACACGAAAAUCUUGCGAAUCGAGCAAGUCCUCUGGAGGAUAGUGCAUCUGAUAUCGACCAGUCAGGAUCAUGUCCGACCGCGGAUCUGGUGCAAACUUCUCGUAUCCUUGAAUAGAUUAUCACCCAACACAAAGAACGUACUGAUAUCGAGGAGACGCGGCCUGGAGAGAGCCGUUGAAGGACUCGGCAAGCACGGACUGGUGCCCUCUUCGCAAACAAACAACUCCGAGAACUCCGUUACACCGAAUCUGGUACCUUUGCCGAUUGCAUUGAAAGAGGAACUCGAAACGCGAAUGGAGACUUAUAAAUUAGCGUUGCACAAGAUGGAGAAUUUUGGCAAGCACGCCGGAACUCAUAAAGCGGAUCAAGGUGUACAGGCGGCCUCGCAUCAGCGGCAGCUUUCCCUGAAAUACAGCGAGAUCCAGCAGCGGCUGAUCGAUAAUCAGAGCCUGCUGAACACCUUGGAGAAAGCGGGUGGGCCGUGUAGCUUGGAGAAUCUACUGGCGGAGCUGAAGCGCCGGGUCGAGCAAGACAAGGAGGCGCUUCGACAAUGGACGGCCUUGCGAAACUCGACCUUCGCAUCGACCAACGCGAAAAACCCGGCUCUCGCUGCCAGAUUGCUGCAAUUUUCGAGGGGUUGCGCGCUCGCCCUGCAGUUUAUGAGCGAAGAUAAUCCGCAGAUAUUACAUCUCGAGGAAAACCUAGGCGAUGAUUACGAGGAAGAAUCCAGCAGCGCUGGCUACCAUACAGACGAGAGUUGCAGCCCAACUCCGGAGCCCGUCGUAACGGGUAGCAACUGUGAAGUUCUCAACGUGGAGGACAAUUGCUCGGAUUUAACCUCGGUGGAGCGACUCGCCGAGAAGUAUGGUGCUCUUUAUGCCCAGGCCAAUCUGCAUACCCUGGACGCACUAGACGCGCUAGAGUCGCUCAAGGACGCUCCUGACUUAAAAGCGAAGAUUCUCUACUCGGUGGUAGUGCUCUCGUGGCGUUUAGCUGGCAUGGUUCAGACGUCGAGGCGCCUGGAAGCCCUGAAGAUCCUGAACGGCGCGGCCGCAUCGCAGUCGUCGGCGACGUCUCCGGAGCUCGAGGAAUGCAUAAAACGGCAACUGGCCACUUCCGGUGCGAAGACCGGUUCCCGUGAGGUCGCCGAGCAGGUGGUCAGCCAGUUGGAGAGGACACUGUAUGACUUUCCGUGUCUGCGUAGCUGCGCCGAGGUCAAGAGUUAUGCCACCGCGUGCUCCACUUUGGCCUGGGCGUGUCUGGCACGUUCCACGCCGCUGGUGCUCGACGUAGCACAGAGUCUGGAGUUUCGUAGAGAGGUCCACGUGAGGCAUCACGCUUCCCCGAAUCCGCACGGGACCAGGAUCAGAUCGGUCCUGUGGCCGGGACUUCGGGAGGGUUGUCAAGGUCCCUGCCUUCACAGGGCCGUUGUGAUGACUUACUGAAGUACUUGCGACACUUCUGUAAAAAAUAAAAACGUACAUUUAUACAGAAUUGUCGUUUUAAGUAUUAAUUGAGCUUGAUGAAAAAAAAAUAUAUACAUAUAUUUUAUACAUGGAACAAUAAGAGAAGUACAUACAAACUUUAAUGAACGAUUAACACCAUCAAAUAAUAAUAUAUAAUACAAUAAUUUUCUACAACAAUUUAUAAUUAUUUUGCAUAAAAUAAAUAACAGAAUUAUAAAUACUCUUUAAUAAUUUGAGAAAAUUUAUCUUCGUCUUAAAACGUAAUUCGCUUCUAGCUGGAUUAUCUUACCUAAAUCGAAUAAAAAUCUCGAUAUAAUUUAGACAAUUUUGCACAAUUACAAAAUUUAUAGUGUACAAUUGAUUAGACUUACGCAAUUACAAUUUCAGAUAUAUACAUAUAAACAAAUAUUUUUACAGCAAAAUUUUUAAAUUUGCAAUUAUAUAUAAUUUGACCACGAAAAGAGAUAAUUAUUAACUAAAUGAAAGACAGAUAAUUUCAUAUAGGAUGCUGCAUCACAGACCCAAUUUCAUGCGUGCUUAUGAUGUGCAUUUCACAUCGUUGACACUUGACGCCGCAACCGGGCCUUAAAUUUCAGAAAUGUAUUUCGUGCAUGUUGCUCGUGAUUCCAUUGACCGCAUAAUCAAGAAUUUAGGGUAGUAUGACACGUGUUGAAGUACUGCAUAUCCUGUCUGCAUUCUUGUUUUUAUGUAAGUAUGUUUAAUUCGAUAUUCUCGAGACAAAAAGAGAUUGAUAAGAAAAAAGAAUGAUCAAUAUACAAAGUGAAUGCAAACAGAUUAUGCGAUAUACAAUAAUUGAAAAUAAAAAAAAUUAUUACAAUAGAAUCGAAUCGAGAA